AGUUUAGCGGUUUACACAGAUCGCUUGCUGUUCACGCUAACAUGGUUCGUAUCUGGUGUUGCGUAGUUUCUGAAUUAUUUCCUAGAAGCGUUGUGUUCCUACUUUUAGCUUGCAUGUCUAGUUAAGUUCCGGCCUCUGCCUAAUAUCAAUUUUCUUUAUGGCAGACAAAUUGAAUUUGGCAAUCCAAUGACAUCUUAGUAGUAAGAAGUCUUUUCACAGAUGCAAUUCGAUUUUCCCCCAUGUAUCUUAAAGUUGAGUUCAUAGUAAGUAAUGAUGUCCAUUUGUGACUUCUCACAUCGUCUUUGGCAUCACAAAUGGUCAUCGUGAGUUGAUUUAUUUCAUAUGUUGGUGACCGUUAGCCGGAACUACAGACAAUCCCGGCAACACGGAUAAUUAUCUGUUUUCGAUUCAAGUGACUGAUUUUUGUUAGACUGGGGCUAAGUGCUACACUACUGUAUAAAGACGAUCAAUUCAAGCCGUCUCAAAAACAAUAUUUUCGAAGUCUAGGCUGUUUCCUCAAGGCGCUUCAAAAUAGACACCAGGGUAUUUGUGUCGAGUAUGCGUCUAUCGUUUACUCCAUAACCUUAAGUUAGUUACAACGCACAUAUUCUAUGUUUGGUAAUUGCCGUUCCUGGCUUCGUGUAAAAUAACAUGUAGUGUAAUUUCUGUAACAAUUUUUCUUGGUCUUCCAGGCUGUUACAAGGCCCAUUGUCAAUGUUUAUGGAGUAAAUGGAGCAUCUACAGGCUCCACCAUUAAGAUGCCGGCAGUCUUCACUACCCCGCUACGUUUGGACCUUCUAAAUUUUGUCCAUGACCAAAUGCGUAAAAAUUCAAGGCAACCAUAUGCAGUCAGUUCAAAGGCUGGUCAUCAGACGUCUGCCGAAUCCUGGGGUACCGGAAGAGCAGUUGCCCGUAUUCCUAGAGUGAGAGGUGGUGGUACACACAGGUCAGGUCAAGGUGCUUACGGAAAUAUGUGUCGUGGUGGGCAUAUGUACGCUCCUACAAAGACAAUGAGACGUUGGCACAGAAAGAUAAAUAUUCAGCAGCGACGAUAUGCCAUAUGCUCAGCAAUCGCUGCAACUGGAGUACCGUCAUUAGUCAUGGCUCGUGGGCAUCGAGUUGACCGUGUUCCUGAGCUCCCACUUGUUUUAUCUAAGGAGGUCGAGUCCCUUAAGAAAACAAAAGAUGCUGUAAAAGUACUUAAGGCCAUCCGGGCUUGGCCUGAUAUUCAAAAAGUUUACAACUCUCAGAGAUUCCGUGCUGGUAAAGGUAAAAUGCGAAAUCGCAGACGAAUUCAGAAGCGUGGUCCGAUAGUAAUUUAUAAAAAAGAUGAUGGAAUAUCACGUGCCUUCAGAAAUAUUCCAGGUAUCACUUUGAUUAACGUCAAAGCCCUUAAUCUUCUUAAGCUAGCCCCAGGUGGCCAUAUGGGACGUUUAGCUAUUUGGUCGGACUCAGCUUUCCGUCAGUUGGACAAGCUCUAUGGCACUCGAAAAACAGGAAGCGUGAAAAAAUCUGGUUUCCACCUUCCCAUAGCAAAGAUGACCAACCCAGACUUAGGUAGACUUUUACAUUGCCGUGAAGUUUCCUCGGUCUUGAAAUCUAGGCGCAUGCACUUGCAGCGUCCAGGUCCUAAAGUCAAGAAAAAUCCAUUGAAGAACCAACAGGUAAGUUAUAAAAUGUAUUUCAACUUAGCUCAUAUCAUUUCUUGGACUUUUCAACUGUAAUGGCGUUCAUUUCCGAAUCUUUUCUAGGCGUUGCUAAAAUUGAAUCCAUUUGCACUUGGAGAAAAACACUUCAAGAUGGCCCUCGCGCGUGCCAUUAAGAACGGAAAACUUAAACGAAAAGCUGCUAACAAAGUUGACGAAGCUCCUCCAAAAGAAGCUAAAUGUGUAAAAGUAAAAUAAUGUCUUGAAAUACAGUUGUGAUGUUGG